GUCCAAACACCCAACCCAACCUCCUCUUGACAACCAUGCAUGCCAACUGCCAAGACCAAGGAACAAGGCCAAGCAAAGCAAGCUAUGUCGAUCAGGUGCAUAGAUAUAGUAGAAUAGUAUGCCAACUCCUCUUGCUUCACUCCUCAACUUGCUUUCUCCUCCUUCCCCCUUUGAAAUGAUCUUCCCUACUCUUCCAAGAAACCUAACCUACUAGUCACCACCAUUUGCAAACAUGCAUGCAUGCAGCUUCCCCAUAGCCGUUCUUGGAUUUCAGCUGCUCUCAAUCACAUGAACAAGUGGACAUGGAUAUAUAGAUAUACAUCCGUGGACGGAUUAGCCUUGCAAACAGUAGGGUUUCGCCAUGCAUAAGCACGGGCAAUUGGGCAUGGGCAUGAGGAUAAGAUGCCGCCUCCGGCCGAGCAGCAGUCGCCGGCGAUGUCGGCUUCUCGGCGGCGACACGGCCGCCUUCUGCGCGUCGCUCGUCGAGGGGCUGGCGCACCUCGAGAGCACGCUGGAGGUUGAUCAUCAGUCGGGGACGGUGUCCAUGCGGUGGUGCGCCGACGCCAUGCGGCUCGUGAAGCGGAUGCAGCGCGAGAUGCUGGCCAUCUUCAGGAAGGCCGACGUGCCCGUGGCCGCAGGCGCCGCCGGCGCCGGCGCCGGGGACUGGUUCGAGCACUACAUGCAGGAGACCGCGGCGCUGCUCGACUUCUGCAACGCGUUCAAGGCCGCCGUGUCGCGGAUGCACCGCUACUGCAUGGUCGUCGACUUCGCCGCGCAGGUUAUCGUCGGCGGCCGCGGUUGCGACGGCGGUGCAGCUGCCGCUGCCUCGCUCGUCGUGGAGCCGUGCCAGGCCCAGGGCCAGGCGGCGUCGUCGGCCGCGUUCCGCGACAAGAUGGCGGACGCGAAGGCGGCGGUGGCCGAGGCGGAGCGGCUGGGGAGGGCGAUCAUCGUCUCCGGCGCCGGCGGAGACGACGCUGCUGGUGGCAUGGUCGUCGUCACGCUCGUCGCCAAGAUCACGACCUCCAUCCUGUCCAUGUUCGUGCUCCAGGCUCUAACCGCCCCAUCACCAGCCACCGUCGACGACAACGGCGGCGCCCGGCCCACGAUCGCCUCCGUCGACGUCGACGUCGUCCCUGAGCUGGAGCCGUGGUGCGAAUCGCUGUCGUUGAUCCACGCCCGGUUCCCAAGCCCCGCAGCCGUGGCAGAGCACGAGAAGGUCGCCACGGCGGUGCGGGACCUCGUCAAUGGCAAGGUGGACGGCGGCGGCGGCCGCGACGGCGAGCAGCAGGAAGAGCUGCUGAGGGCACGGUCAGGUGAGCUCAGGGAAGGCGUGGAGACGUUCGACUGUGUUCUUGACGAAGUGUUUGAUGAGGUGAUCAGGGGAAGGAAUGAGAUGCUGGGGAUCCUCAGAGACAAGGCUCUAACCUGACCAUGAGGUGAGUUUUAGAUUAGCCUCUGGAUCAUCAAUCCAUUAAUUGACCUUGUGCAGGCUGGAGGUCUUCAGAAUUAAUGCUGGCCGGGCUUUAUGCUGAUUUCUGUCUGAUUAUUAGUUGGAUUUGUUUUGCAAGUGGUGUAGAAAUGUAAAAAAAUCUUCAGUGUUGGCGUGUGUAUGUAGAUGUGCAGAUCUGUUUUCGUUCCAUUUGGUUUGUGAUUUAACUUGUAUUGACACUCUGUCAGAAAUGAAAUUCUUUUGCAUGUACUA